UAAUCUUACAAUUUAAGAUUCACUUCUCUUCAUCUUAUAAACCUGAGGUUUUCAAUGGUAGAUAUGACUAGAAUCCUUUCUUCCUUUUUCAUUGUCAUGAUCCUCUUGCUUUCACCAUCAUGUUCAGAAUCAUUCUCUGAAAAAUUCAUCCAAUGCCUUUACCUGAAUUCACCACCACAAAUUCCAAUCUCCGAAAUCGUAUACACCCCUACUAAUUCUUCCUACUUAUUCAUCCUUGAAUCCACCAUUGAAAACCUCAGGUUCUCUACCCCGACAACCUCAAAACCAUUGAUUAUAGUCACACCUUUCAUUCAUUCCCAUGCACAGGCCACAGUCAUUUGUUGCAAACAAACUGGACUGCAAGUCAGAAUUAGAAGCGGCGGCCAUGACUACGAAGGCCUCUCUUACUCAGACACAGCCGGUCUGCCAUUCGUCCUUCUCGAUCUCCAAUAUCUUCGUUCCAUUAGCGUUGAUAUUGAAGAUAACAGCGCCUGGGUUGAGACCGGAGCCACCUUAGGCGAAGUGUAUUAUCGAAUUGCUGAGAAAAGUCAAGUCCAUGGAUUUCCGGCUGGGCUUUGCCCGCUAGUCGGUGUUGGCGGGCACUUCAGUGGAGGUGGCUUCGGUACCAUGUUAAGAAAAUAUGGCCUGGCUGCUGAUAAUAUUAUCGAUGCUCAUGUCGUCGAUGUUAAUGGAAGAAUUCUCGAUAGAGAAUCCAUGGGAGAGGAUCUCUUUUGGGCCAUUCGAGGCGGUGGAGCAGCAAGUUUUGGUGUCGUUGUUUCAUGGAAAAUCAGGCUUGUUUAUGUACCGCCCACAGUUACAGUAUUCAACGUUGCCAAAACAUUGGACAAAAAUGGCACUAAACUUGUUCACAAGUGGCAAUAUAUUGCGCACAAACUUGAUGAAAAUCUUUUUAUUAGAGCUAUUAUAGAACCAGCGGAUACUAACACACUCCAGGUCUCAUUUAACUCCAUGUUUCUUGGCACAGCUGAUCAGCUCCUGGAGAUAAUGGACGAUAGCUUUCCUGAAUUGGGUUUGAACCGCAGUGACUGCAUGGAAAUGGAUUGGAUCGGAUCCGUCCUUUAUUUUUCCAAGUACCCAGAGGGAACAACAGUGGAAGCGCUGAAAGAUAGGACUCCGCAGGAAAAGAUCGCCUUGAAGGGUACAACAGACUAUGUCACGGAUCCCAUACCGGAAGUGGGGUUGGAAAAGCUAUGGAAAUGGUGUUUGGAAGAAGAGAACUCGAUGUUGAUCAUGGACCCGUAUGGUGGUCGGAUGAACGAGAUCUCCGAAUCCGAAAUACCAUUUCCACACAGAAAAGGGAAUUUGUACAAUAUCCAGUACGCGGUGACAUGGGGCGAUGAAGGAAUUGAGCAAUCACAAACGCACAUAGAUUGGAUGAGAAGUUUACAUCACCACAUGACUCCUUAUGUUUCUAACAGUCCAAGGGCUGCUUAUGUAAAUUAUAGGGAUCUUGAUUUGGGUAGGAAUGGUUAUAAUGACACAAGCUACGCAGAAUCUGCAAGAUGGGGUGUCAAGUACUUCAAAGGUAAUUUUAGAAGGUUGGCAAUUGUGAAGGGUGAGGUUGAUCCACACAACUUCUUUGCAUUUGAACAAAGCAUCCCACCUCUCAUUAUUCCAAAUGAAGGGAAGAGGGAAAUAGAUUGACGACAAAGAGGGCAUGAAGGUACAGCCCCCCAUACCUAGCUAAGUCUCUAUUAUAAUAAAUCUUCUAUAAUGAGACUUAA